GCACACUCAGAUGUCUUCAGUGAGAAGAGGUUAUGUUGUGGCGCGCUGCGGGAGAAAACUACAAACAAAUGCGGGGGGGGGGGGCAGUUUUUUUUCCCCCAUUUUCGUCUUCGCCUGUUCCACGAGGAUGAGAAACUAAAACGUGAUGAAGUGAAGUCGUAUCGGAUUUUCUUCCUUUUUUCUUCUUUCUAACAAGUUGCAGUUUUGUGAGGAAACACUUUUUGGAACAUUUGCGAGUAGGGCUCCUAAAUUGGUGUUUUUACACGUUCCGUGGACGAAAGGAGUUUUAUUUUUCUCCACCGAACACACGCUGGGUCGAAAUUAUUUUUUUUCCCUCCUGUCGCAGCGUGCUCGAUCAACGUGACUGAGGGUGGAAAAUAAAAGUGUCCCCCCCAACCCCGAAAAUUUCAGCGCACGCACGCAGCUUCAAGUGAACUCUCGAAUCUUGAUUGACUUUUGACGAUUUCUUUCUCCGAACAGAGCUCAAAGAGACCCCCCCCCCAGCCCCUGCAACCAACCUGGUCAGGUGGGAGACGUUAUUGGAAAUGUGAGUCCAAAAAGGAGGACCGGUGCGCACCAGACGGAGCCACAGAGGGCUGCAACGCGCAUAAAAAAGGAAAGAAGGGGAAAAAAAAUCCUCCAGCCGGGCUUGGGAGCGUGUUCACGGCAACACAUGGGUGACAUUUUUGGAGAAAAAUGACUUUACAUGGACUGAUGGUGGCCAGAGGAUAUUGAUUCUUGAUGAUGCGCACCGAGCUGGACCCCCGAGGCUGGAUUGUUCAGUAAUUCCUGGACAUCCUCUUCGCUUUUAUGACAGUCAAGAACCGGGCUGCGUUGCCAUGACGAGCGAGGAGUGUCCUGUGCCGCUGGGGGGCAUUUCCUCGGCCGUGCCAGGGCAUCGUGAGGAGUAUGGCUCAGCGCAGGCUGAUGACAUCAUCGAGGAAGUGGGUCCAGGUGACGACGCCAGCAUCGGAAGUGACCUGAGCACGCUUGUGGUGCCCUUCCCCGAGCUGGCGCCCGUGGUCUUCUUCUGCCUCAAGCAGACCACCUGCCCCCGCAGCUGGUGCAUCCGUAUGGUCUCCAGUCCAUGGUUCGAGAGGAUUAGCAUCAUGGUCAUCUUGCUCAACUGUGUGACACUCGGAAUGUACCAGCCCUGCGAGAACAUCGACUGCACUUCGGACCGCUGCCAGAUCCUCCAGGCCUUUGAUGCCUUCAUCUACAUCUUUUUUGCACUGGAGAUGGUGGUGAAGAUGGUGGCCCUUGGAAUCUUUGGUCGUCACUGUUACCUGGGAGAUACUUGGAACAGGCUGGACUUCUUCAUUGUCAUGGCAGGCAUGGUGGAAUACUCUCUGGACCUGCAGAACAUCAACCUGUCAGCCAUUAGGACGGUGCGAGUCCUUCGCCCCCUGAAAGCCAUCAACAGAGUGCCAAGUAUGCGUAUCCUGGUGAACCUGCUGCUGGACACUCUACCCAUGCUGGGCAACGUUCUCCUGCUCUGUUUCUUUGUCUUCUUCAUCUUUGGAAUCAUUGGCGUGCAGCUGUGGGCGGGGCUGCUUCGCAACCGCUGUUACCUGGAGGAGAACUUCACCCUCUCUUCAGGAAUGACCCCGCCACCUCCGUACUACCGACCCGAGGAGGAUGAUGAGCGCCCUUUCAUCUGCUCACUGGCAUCUGACAACGGCAUCAUGUCAUGUUUCGACGUUCCCGCGAGGCGACAAGGAGGCCAGACAUGCUGCCUGGACAAGGAAGACGCGCUCCACAGACAAGCUCUGGGUCUCAAUCCUGAGCCCAUGGUGAACGGCAGCGGCGCCGGCGACGCCACGGGCCUGUGCAUCAAUUGGCACCAGUAUUACACCCGCUGCCACACGGGGAGCACCAACCCCCACAAAGGUGCCAUCAACUUCGACAACAUUGUCUAUGCCUGGAUUGUCAUUUUUCAGGUGAUCACUCUGGAAGGCUGGGUAGAGAUAAUGUAUUACGUAAUGGAUGCCCACUCCUUCUACAACUUCAUCUACUUCAUUUUACUCAUCAUUAUCGGUUCCUUCUUCAUGAUCAACCUUUGCCUAGUGGUCAUCGCCACUCAAUUUUCAGAGACCAAACAGCGGGAGCACCAGCUGAUGCAGGAGCAGAGGGCACAGUGCCUAUCCUCGUCCACCCUGGCCAGCAUGGCGGAACCGGGCGAUUGCUAUGAGGAAAUCUUCCAGCUGGUCUGCCACGUUCUGCGCAAGGCCAAGAGAAGAUCAGCGGCUCUCUACUACACGCUGAGGGGCAAGCCCCCGCCUGCUGGUGGAGGCAGGGGCAACAGGCGGGGUGGAAUCAAUCAGAAUGGAGAGAGGCAUCACCCGAGGCAUCCGAAAUUCUCCCACUGCCCACACCAAAGCAAGCAAGACCACGAGUUCCAGCCACUCGACAGCUCCGUCAGCCUGGCCGUGCCUCAGAAUCCGCAGGACUGCCCCUUGUGCGCUUUAGCACUGGAAGAAGGCCCGAGGACUGCGGGAGAUGCCGCCAGCGGAGAGGACGACGAGGGGGAUGCCGUGGAGGAGACGGACAAGGAAGAGAACCAUUUGGAGGAGAGGGGUGAUGCCGGUGAAGGGAAGAAGAAAAAGAAAAAGAAAAGAAGCUGUUUUGGACACUGUAAGGACGUGUGGGAUGAAAUGAGGAGAAAACUGUGGGGCAUCGUGGAGAGCAAGUACUUCAGUCGGGGCAUUAUGAUUGCUAUUCUCAUCAACACCAUCAGUAUGGGCAUCGAACAUCACAAUCAGCCAGAAGAGCUCACCAACGUGCUGGAGAUCUGCAAUAUUGUUUUCACCAGCAUGUUCACCCUGGAGAUGAUCCUCAAGCUGACGGCCUUCGGCUUCUUUGAUUACCUGAGGAACCCCUACAACAUCUUUGACGGCAUCAUCGUCAUCAUCAGCGUCUGUGAGAUUAUCGGGCAAGCGGAUGGCGGCUUGUCGGUGCUGAGGACCUUCAGGCUGUUGCGGGUCAUUAAGCUAGUCCGGUUCAUGCCGGCGCUCAGGCGUCAGUUGGUGGUCCUGAUGAAGACGAUGGACAACGUGGCAACCUUCUGUAUGCUGCUCAUGCUCUUCAUCUUCAUCUUCAGUAUCCUGGGGAUGCACAUCUUCGGUUGCAAGUUCAGUCUGAAGACAGAUGCGGGCGACACCGUGCCUGACAGGAAGAACUUUGAUUCCCUCCUCUGGGCCAUUGUCACUGUUUUUCAGAUUCUGACUCAGGAGGACUGGAAUAUGGUGUUGUACAACGGCAUGGCUUCCACCUCUCCCUGCGCUGCCCUCUACUUUGUGGCACUGAUGACAUUCGGAAACUAUGUGCUCUUCAAUUUAUUGGUGGCCAUCUUGGUAGAGGGUUUUCAAGCUGAGGGAGAUGCAAAUCGCUCUUACUCCGAUGAUGACAGGUCUUCCUGCAAUUUUGAGGACAACGAUAAGCAAAAGGACUCUCCUCAUCUCUCAGACCCAAAGAUCUGCACGCUGACCCCUAAUGGCCACUUGGACUUGGGCCCACUGCCUGCCAGCCUAUUUCCUGGAGAGAGGCUGAGCUUUGCUCUCGGGUCGAGGAAAAACAGUGUCAUUUCUCUUGGCAGGGCCAACUUGGAGCAGAAAGCCGCGGUAAGCGAACAAGACCCACAAAGACCCACAAAUCUUUUUCCGGCCUUCACCUCCACCUGGGCCAGGCCUUUCUAUGGCUACGGCUUAGGGGCCCUGGGAGGGGUCGUCGGAGGAAGCCUUCGGAUCCGAGGUCCCCGUGCCUCGUCAUCCCCGCUCCGCCACCUCCACAGCGUCCAACCAGAUGAGGAAGAAAGUCUUCUCUCGCCUCCCGCUAUUGCUUCUCACACGCUUCAUCUUCACCAUCCUAUUCUCCAGGGACAUUUUAUACCCAGGAGGGACCGUCGGGCUCUCUCUCUCGAGCUUCCCCAAUUGCUACAGGUCCCGGGGGCCCCACAUCAUCCUCCGUUGCCACAUCGUUCUGUGUCCCCCGCGGCACUGCACGCUCACCAGAGGAAGAGCUUCCCCGGAGGGAUGGUCAUCGGUGGCGGCGGCGCCUUUGAGAGUCUGAGCGUCAUCGGAGGAGUGUACCAAGACUGUAAUGGCAAGACUCCUCUGGCACAGCUUCUUCACCCACCUCCGAAACACCUGCCUGAGCAGGCUAGUAGGACAAACAACCAAAGGCUGAUUUCAGAAGUUUUUCCUCAGGUGAACACACGCCACAAGGGCCAGGAAGACAUGGAUGAUGAGCUUGACUAUAGCUUGUGCUUCCGCAUCCAAAAGAUGUUGGAGGCACACAAGCCAGAUUGGUGCGAGACCAGAGAGGACUGGUCGGUGUUUCUCUUCUCUCCACAGAACAAGUUCCGACAGAUUUGCCAGUCCAUCAUCGCUCAUAAGCUGUUUGAUUACGUGGUGCUGGCCUUCAUCUUUUCCAAUUGCAUCACAGUGGCUCUCGAAAGACCCAAGAUCCUCCAGGGCAGCUUGGAAAGGGUGUUUCUCACCAUAUCCAACUACAUCUUUACUGCCAUUUUUGUGGGCGAGAUGACACUCAAGGUGGUUUCCAUGGGCCUGUACAUGGGGGAGCAGGCGUACUUGCGGAGCAGCUGGAACAUUCUGGAUGGCUUCCUAGUUUUUGUGUCUUUAAUCGACAUUGUCGUGUCAAUGGCGGGCGGGGCGAAGAUCCUGGGUGUGCUCAGAGUGCUCCGUCUACUCAGGACGUUACGUCCUCUCAGGGUGAUCAGCAGAGCUCCAGGUUUGAAGCUGGUGGUGGAGACCCUCAUUACCUCUCUCAAACCCAUCGGCAACAUUGUCCUCAUCUGCUGUGCUUUCUUCAUCAUCUUUGGUAUCCUUGGCGUCCAGCUGUUCAAAGGCAAGUUCUUCUACUGCUUGGGGCCCGAUGUUAAAAACAUUACCAACAAAUCUGAUUGUCUACAAGCCAACUACAAGUGGGUUCACCACAAGUACAACUUUGACAAUUUGGGGCAGGCCCUGAUGUCCUUGUUUGUACUGGCCUCGAAGGACGGUUGGGUCAACAUCAUGUAUCACGGUCUGGAUGCUGUCGGUGUGGACCAACAGCCGAUGACCAACAACAACCCCUGGAUGCUGCUCUAUUUCAUCUCCUUCCUCCUCAUCGUCAGCUUCUUCGUCCUCAACAUGUUUGUUGGCGUGGUGGUGGAGAACUUUCACAAGUGCCGCCAGCACCAGGAGGUGGAGGAGGCCAAGAGGCGCGAGGAGAAACGCCAGCGGCGGAUGGAAAAAAAGAGGAGAAAAGCCCAAAAGCUCCCCUACUAUGCCAGCUACAGCAACGUGCGCCUGAUGAUCCACACGCUGUGCACAAACCACUACCUGGACCUCAUCAUCACCUUCAUCAUCUGCAUCAACGUCAUCACAAUGUCCCUCGAGCACUACAAUCAACCUCACUCUCUAGAUCUCGCCCUCAAGUACUGCAAUUAUUUCUUCACGUCCACUUUUGUGCUGGAAUCCAUUCUCAAGCUCAUCGCCUUCGGCUUCCGUCGCUUCUUCAAAGACAGGUGGAACCAACUCGACCUUGCCAUUGUGCUUCUGUCUGUGAUGGGCAUCACACUGGAAGAGAUCGAGAUCAGCGCUGCGCUGCCCAUCAACCCCACCAUCAUCAGGAUCAUGAGAGUACUGAGGAUCGCGCGAGUCCUGAAGCUGCUGAAGAUGGCGACAGGAAUGAGAGCCCUGUUGGAUACGGUGGUCCAAGCCCUGCCUCAGGUGGGUAACCUGGGUCUGCUCUUCAUGCUACUGUUUUUCAUCUACGCCGCCUUAGGAGUAGAGCUUUUCGGAGAACUUGUUUGCAAUCAAGACUACCCGUGCGAGGGCAUGAGUCGUCACGCUACCUUUGAGAACUUUGGCAUGGCCUUCCUGACUUUGUUUCAAGUCUCGACGGGCGACAACUGGAAUGGCAUCAUGAAGGACACAUUGCGGGAGUGCCCACCAGAUCACGCCACUGAUGUGGAUUACGCCUGCAAUCCCAGCCUUCAGUUUAUCUCGCCCAUGUACUUUGUCUCCUUCGUGCUCACCGCCCAGUUCGUGCUCAUCAAUGUGGUGGUGGCCGUGCUGAUGAAGCACCUGGACGACUCCAACAAGGAGGCCCAAGAGGAGGCGGAGAUGGAUGCAGAAAUUGAGCUGGAGCUGGCCCAGGGCACCCUCUGUUGCAUGGGCGCCCCCGGCUGCGGGAGUGCAGGGGCGGAGAAAGGCGCGGUCGCCGCCGCGUCGGCCCCCGGUGCCGACGGCUGCAGGAAGGAAGGAGCGGGAGGGAGGACGCGCACGUCAGCCGGCGCGCACGCCGUGCCGUACAACGCCGCUGACGCCAACCGGCCACUGUACUCGCCGGCGCACGAGGAGAGCCAGUGGUUGGACAGCGUAUCUCUCCUGAUCAAGGAUACAUUAGAAGGGGAGAUGCUGAUGAUCGACAAUCUCUCUGGUUCUGUCUUCCACCAUUACUCCUCCCCUCUACCCAUCUGUAAAGACCGCAGGGGCCACCCACAAGAGAUCAGGAUGGCGGAAAUCGAGCAGGCUUCGCUGAAGUCGGAGCAGCUCUCGGACAAGUCGUCUUCGCCCGCCCUCCCCGAUGAGCUCAGCUUGGACGAGCACACGGCCUACCGGCUGCUUGCGCCAGAGAGCAAGGGAAAGCGCAGCAGCGGAUCCUGCAGCUCGGAAGAGGCAGCCGCCGGGGGAGGAAGUCAGCAGGUCCGGCAGACUGUUGUCCAGAGCCAGGUCCAAGGCCUCGGCCAUUUCUCCAGGACCCUCUGCAAAGUCGAGAUGGAAACUGCCAUGCAGGAUCUCGACAUGCAAACAAAUUCGCCAAAUAUGUGCUCGCCGUAUUACAGCCCAAGCGCUGUUUCCGGCGUCAGCAACAAAGAGAGAAACACCGAGGGAAAAGAAGAAGCCCGCAGCGUCUCGCCGCUGCUCCCCCUGCCUGCCGAGUUCCUCCGCUCGACAGGAGCGGCCAUCCCGGCACCUCCCCGCAGCAGGAGCCUGAGGUUGUCCAGAGGCCUCAGGUUGACCUCCCCGGCUUCGUGGGCUGCCUUCCGUUCCCCCGGAGGCCAGAGCAAGAUGCUGUGUCGUCAGUAUCCGUCCCACAGCGAUUCGUCACUCGCGACGGGCAGCUCUGAAGGCAGCCUCCAGACCACCCUGGAAGAAGGACUGAGCUUCAGCAUCUCCCCGCCGCAAAACGUGGACUUGCCGGCAGCUCCUUUACCGCACGAGUGCCCGCUCCGCGAAGCCAACGCCGGCAUUUCCUCCCCGGUCCAGACCCUGAGACUGAGGCCCAGUCCCUCGUCGGCUCUAACCCUCCAGGCCACCGUUGGCCAACAGCGGAGCCAAAGCAGCGGGCGAGGUAGCACAAGCCCGGGUUUCACACGGGAGGACUCCAUUGACCCUUCGGACGAGGACCUGGGCAUCGUCAUCGGCUCCUCCAUCGGCGGUUGUGGGUCCAGUCAAGCGGGCAACAGUGAACACUUGUCGGAGACCAUGAGCAGCCUGUCGCUGACGUCGCUGCUGUCUCCCAGUUCCCUCGCGUAUCCCGGAGGAGCAGUCAAAAAGUGCAAUAGCACGGGAAGCCUGGACCAAGGGGGUAUGCUGCUGUCAUCCAGAGGAAGAGAGACCCACAGGGAGAUUCUCGGCCUGGAGCUUAUGGACCCCCAAGGGUUUUUGGCCAAUCCCUGGUCGGGGGUAUUAGCCGAAGCGACAAGAGGAGAAGGCGAUGAAAUUGGAGACGGGUCACAAAGGUUCCGAGGGAAAAGCUCAAGCCAAACAACAGUGGGGCCUUUUCGCAAAAACAGAUGAAACCUACUGCGAACUUUUUGUCUACGUUCCUUGGAUAUGAACCCUUCGAUGUCCCUCGCACUCUCUCUUCCCGCAAAUGAAAGAGAGAGGCUUGCUCGUAUUUCUCCGACCCGCAUCUCUACCCCCUUUGAACUCCUCUCUGUACAUUUGUGAUCCGCCGAAGACGCUGGCCUCGGUUUGGCUGCGGUGCGCCGGUGUG